AUGGGAAGAAAGCAGCCAAGAAUUUUGGGAAGUCUUCGUAAUCCUCUUCCCCCUCAGACUUCUCCGCCUUCUAUGUGUCCAAAUGGCACUCACCUCUUCCCAUCUCAGUCAUUAUCCCCUCAGCCUUCUUCUCCUACCAACCCUCUCUCUGUUUUCUAUCCUACCUCUUUUCCUCCUCUGAAGAACACUUCCUACUUCCCCACCUUAAUGGUUGCUAUGCCCAGUUCCUCCUGUAUAGACAAACUCUGCUCUAAGUCCCCUUCUUUUUUAACUCCUAAUUCCUGUUGCUCUACCCUCAUGAGCACCUCUGCUCAAGCAACAUCACUGGAUAGUUGCCUAGACUCCCUUUCCCACCAGGAAGCUAAAUACCUUCGGACAGCCUGGGUAAGUAAAAACCUUAAACAAGAAAUUCUUGCAGAGGGUUUACUUCAGAAAUGCCAUGAUUGUUUUCCUAGCCACCUAAUGUGUGAGUGGUUUAGAACUGGCCAUGAAUCUCAUUCACUGUUUCCUCAGGUACCAGGGAAGAAGCAGCCAGAGGCACAGACUAGGAACUUUGAAGUGAAAAAUGCUCAAGUCCUGGUUAAGCUUAGCUCCAUCAUUGAAUGGGUGUCCAGCCCAGUUGUCAUCAGGAGGCUUCACCCAGAAGAUGGAAACAGAUGUAGAGAUCCACAGCCAAACAUUAGGGAAAGUUGGCCUGGUGUAUAGAAGAAGAAAUGGUGCAGACGGAGGAAUCCCUGACCUUCCGGCAAAGCUGACAACAGCUUUCCAUACCACAGGAAGCACAGCAGUGGCCACUUCAACAGCAACAUGGCUCAGACCUUCUGCAUGCCCCGUGUGAAAACUGCAGUCCUGCAGCUCAGAAAGUGUCCAUACAUGCUGCAUACCUGCUCGCUAUCAUGAGCAUGAAACAACUGUGGGCAGUGGUAAAAUACUCAAUUCACAGAUACGACAAAGGACCCACUUAAGAUAUAGCAAGAAGCUUGAGCUAAAAGUGAAGGAACAAACAACUCAGUUGGUAACAGGCAAAGCAAGGCACAGACAUUUUUUUUCAGGAGACAUAAUUUCUCAUACACACAGCUCUGGUUUACUUAGACAUGGUUUACUUAGAUCACUCUCUGGAAGCCAAGAAACGUAAGAGUGUAUCCUAGAGUUCUAAUCAUUCUGGUAUCACUUUGAAUUGUUUUAUUUUGUUUUUAAAAAUAUUGCAUAGAUAGUAAACAUUUAUACUUUCAUUGUUUUAAUCACUUCUUUUUGUUUUUUGUUCUCUUCUUGGGCAUAAGAAUAAACAUAUGUAAAGAUCCUU